AUGAGUUCGCCUAGUAGUACCAACUACUCCGACGAGAUGGUACCAACUUCGCAACAGCAGCAACAACAUCCGCAACAGGUGCAACAUCACCUGCGCCAUCCGCAUGCUUCGUCGUACCUCAACAAUAUUACUAAUGAUAGCAAUCCCCAAGCACACAAAUCGAAAACGUCGACUACGGCGAAUUCUAUACCCUUCCAGAUGGAUAAUGAUAGCGACGACUCGGACUAUAAGGAUCUUCGAAACUCGUUAAUCUCAAAGCGUAGAUCGUCGUCCAAUGCUACGAUAAAUAACAGCACGCACAAUCAGUUCAGGAACGAAAUUCAACGGUUGAAUUACGCCAACUCGUACCUCCUUAAAUUACCCACAGAGGUUCUUCUACAGAUAUUCCAUCAUUUGGAGCGUAAGGAUCUUUACUCCUUGUUGACUGUUUGUCAGGAAUUUGCAGAUUUGAUCAUCGAAAUCUUGUGGUUCCGGCCGAACAUGCAAAAUGAUUCGUCAUUCAAAAAGAUCAAAUCAAUAAUGGAAUUGUCUGAAGCACAGACCCAUUGGAACUAUAGGUCGUUCAUAAAAAGGUUGAAUUUAUCGUUUAUGACAAAAUUGGUGGACGACGACUUGCUUUCUUUGUUUAUAGGGUGCCCCAAGUUGGAGAGGCUUACUUUGGUGAACUGCACAAAAUUGACCCACCAGCCGAUAACUUCAACUUUAAUUAAAUGUGAAAGAUUACAGUCGAUCGAUCUCACAGGUGUCACUGAUAUCCAUGACAAUAUAAUAUUAGCAUUGGCUGAAAACUGUACUAGGUUGCAAGGUUUGUAUGCACCUGGUUGUGGCAAAGUCUCGGAGCUGGCAAUAAUAAAACUUUUGAAAUCUUGCCCCAUGUUGAAAAGAGUUAAGUUUAACAACCUGGAGAACAUAACUGAUGAACUGAUCUUGGCCAUGUAUGAAAAUUGUAAGUCCCUUGUGGAAAUUGAUUUACAUACUUGUUCCAAUGUUACGGACAAGUAUUUACAAUUAAUUUUCAGAUAUAUGACACAAUUAAGAGAAUUCAGGAUCAGUUGUGCCCCCAAGGUGACUGAUGAUCUUUUCAAUUUGUUACCAGAAGAUUUUUACUUGGAAAAGUUAAGGAUUAUCGAUAUUACCAAUUGUAAUGCGAUCACGGAUAAAUUAGUGGAAAAAUUGGUAUUCCAUGCUCCCAGAAUAAGAAAUGUGGUCUUAUCAAAAUGUAUGCAGAUAACCGAUGCCCUGUUGAGAGCGUUAUCUCAGUUGGGGAGAUCUUUGCAUUACAUCCAUUUGGGCCAUUGCUUACUUAUUACUGAUUUUGGAGUGGCGUCGUUAGUGCGGUCAUGUCACAGAAUCCAAUACAUUGAUUUGGCAUGCUGCACUCAAUUAACCGAUUGGACCUUGGUUGAGUUAUCUAACUUACCAAAAUUAAGAAGAAUCGGCUUGGUCAAGUGUAAUUUAAUUAGUGACAAUGGGAUCUUGGAAUUUGUUAGAAGAAGGGGAGAACAAGAUUGCUUGGAGAGGGUACAUCUCUCUUAUUGCUCUAACUUAACUAUUGGCCCAAUUUAUUUAUUGUUGAAGAAUUGUCCAAAAUUGACUCAUUUGUCACUCACGGGUAUAGUCGCCUUUUUAAGAAACGAUAUUACUACAUUUUGCAGAGAGCCUCCGCCAGAUUUUACUGAAUCACAGCGAAAUUCAUUCUGUGUGUUCUCAGGUCAUGGAGUUAAUCAAUUAAGAAAUUUCCUAACAGAACUGAUGGAGGAAAAUCAAGCCCAUAUUUUAAAUCACGGAGAUAUGCAUGCGAUUGCCUUAGAACGUAGAAGGUUUCUCUUAAAUGGAGGUAACAUUGCCAAUAACAAUAAUAACAACCCUAAUAACAACCCCGAUGGUGCUAAUGUUAAUAGUGACGUAAACAACAGUCCAAACGUGACUAAUAUGAGAGCAGAUAUUACUAAUGCUAACAACGGGCAGAUUGGUAUUGGAAUAGGAAUAGAAGGAGACGAGAUGUCUCCUGGAAAUGGAGGAGUCGAUGUUACCCAAUGGAUAGGAGAAAGAUUCACGUUACCUCAAGGAUUGGGAGGCAAUUUGGGAACAGAGGAUAUGAGAGGGCACUUCCAAACCAUGAUUAGAAAUCACCAUCAAAGUAGAAUACGUAGGCAACAAAUUCAGCAAUACCAAAUGCAGCAGCUACAGCUGCAGCAACUGCAACUACAAAUGGCGGAUGAAAGUCAAGAAGGAGGGAUCGAACCAGGUCCACAGAAUCCAGAAGACCUUAGCGAAGAUUCUUUCACCCCUCAAGUUCAAUUUGGACAGAAUGCUCCACAACUUUUCCAGCCUGCGGUGUUCCGAGAUAGAUUCGUAUACAAUGGGAACGGUGAAGAAGAGGAUGUGGAUAUGGAGCAGAAUGAAACUCAAAAUGUAAAUUUAUUCCCACGUCCACCUCCCAAUGGUAGCUAA